GAUCACAAAACGCAAUAUUGCAAGGUCCAAGUUCAGCUAUAUAACAUUUUUCAGGCCGCGCAAAAUUCAGUUCAACUUUAGUGAAAACGCAAUGAAGGUCACCACAUCUAUUUUAUUUUUGGUAGCUGUCCUAGGCUUCUGUCAGGCUGGAAUAUGGGGAGGUUAUGGUGGAUAUAGUAGCGGCUGGGGUGGUGGAUGGAACAGCGGAUGGGGUGGCAGUGGCUACAGGACUGUGAAAGUUGUAAGAGUAGUCCCAAGUUAUAGUUCUGGAUAUUAUUCUAGUCCAUGGAGAAGUGGAUGGAAUUCAGGAUGGAGAAGUGGUUGGUGGUGAUUACCAAGGCACAUUUAGUAAAUAGAUGUAAAUUUGUAAAAUAUGUACACUUUAUAUAACUAGUUAUAUCCAGGCCAUAUUGAUAUUAAUUAAUUUUUAACAUAAUAUAUAGUGUGUAAUAGACUGUAUCUUUAAUAAUAAAAAACAAAAAUUCGAAAAUUGUC